AUGGUUGAGGAUAAGCGUAAGCUCUUGGAUGAGCCGCUCCACGGUAUUUAUAUCCCGACCGCUUUGAUGUUGGUGGGUGUAGCGAUUACUGCAUACAUGUCGGGCAAUUUGUUAUCGUUGUGGAUUUUACCUUUCGCAGCUCUAGUCUUGGGAGUGAGAUUCGUGGCCGCUUAUAGAAGAAGGAAAUCCGUUUCUGAAGAUAAGUGGACGGCAUUAGAAUUGGAAGAGCAGACUGUUAUUUCAAAAAACUCUGCAAUUUAUCGCUUCAAAUUGAAGACGUCUUUGGAAGCUCUCAAUGUGCCCACGGGCCAUCAUUUGGCGGUUAAAGUCCCAGUUGAUGGUCAAGAACAUAUUAGAUACUAUACGCCGAUAUCGCCUGCUUUUGAAACCGGACAUUUUGAUAUCAUUGUCAAGUCGUACCCUGACGGGACCGUAUCUAAAUAUUUUGCAUCGCUCAAACCCGGCAGUCUCGUGAAUUUUAAGGGUCCCGUUGGUAGAUUCAAUUACGUUCCAAACUCGUUCAAGCACAUUGGACUGAUCGCUGGUGGAUCGGGAAUCACGCCAAUGUUGCAAGUUUUGAACAAAAUCAUCACAACACCCGAAGACUUCACCAAGAUUUCACUCAUUUAUGCCAACGAUACAGAAAACGACAUUUUGUUGAAGGAAGAGCUUGACGAAAUGGCCGAGGUGUAUCCAAAUUUUGACGUGCAUUACGUGUUAAGGUAUCCAACUGGGUCCUGGAAUGGAGAUUCAGGACUUGUGUCGAAAGAGAUCAUGCAAAAAUACUUGCCCGAACCAGCUGAUGAGAACAGACUGCUCAUUUCAGGUCGCCCAGAAAUGGUCAAAAUGCUUUUGAACUAUGCCGAGGAGUUGGGAUGGCCGAAAGGCAAAGAGAAGUCGGCUGGUGAUGAUCAGGUCUUCGCUUUUUAA